CGGCGCGGAGCUGCGCUGCGCAGGGUGGGGAGGGCAGGAGGUGGGAGUUGGGACGGACCCCGGCCGGAGAGCGGCGGGUCCCGCAGAGGGUCCCCUCCCGGUUUCCUCUCCUCACCCUCCCACCCGUCGUCCUGGGCUCGGGGGUGCUGCGCCGCAACUCCCAACGGGCCUGGCUUGUCUGCGGCCCGUCCUUUCGCACGUCGGUGGGGGUGAAACGCUGCGCGCCUCAGUUUCUCCUGUAGCUUUUUCUGCACACAACCCGCCCCCUCCUCACCACCCCAGGCGUGCUCACGGCGUCGGCCCUCGGCAGAUGGCAGGGACUUAAUUCCGCCCGCUGCCCAGCGUGGCUGCAGCCUAAUCGCCCCCUGGCCGCCGGCCCCUCGCCCUCCCCUGUCAGCGUAGGCCCCAGGCCCGGGCAGAGGGCUUUGGAGCCCCCACCGGACCCGAGCCAGUUCACCCUCUUCCUGUUCAGCUUCUUCCUUUGGUUUUUGGGGAAGAACAUAGGGAAAGGGGGUGGGGGGCAGGAGCCCAAAAGAUAGGGCUCAGCAGUCGCAGAAAGGCCUGGCCUGAGCCUGGGCCUCGGGGUGAGGUAGCCUCCUUGGCCUUGAGCUGGGCUGCUUGGUUGUCUGUCCGCUGUGGGUGGCCAUCGGAUGACCUCUAAGUUGCUUGGACGCCAAAGGAGGAGGUGAUCAGGGGAGGCAAGUUAGCAGGUGUUUUCGCAUAGUCCCCACUGGUCUGUGCUCACCAGCCCACUUUUCUGAAGGCCUGAGUGGAAGCUUGUACAGGCCUCUCCAGGUCUGGAGAGAGCCAGGCAGAGCAGGGCCUUGGAGGCCCUUCAGGGUAGAGGUAAGGGAUGAAGGGCUUUGUUUAAACCCAAAGUCUGCAGAAUUGGGGUGGGGGUGGAGGUGGUGUGGAGGGAGGAUUCCUCUUUCUGCCUCUAGUUGGUACCCCCUCCUCCCACCCCCACCUUGGUCCUGGCAGUGCCAGCUGCCACCUGCUGGGACUUUCUCCAGUUACAGUCUAAAGGCUGGAAAAAGGUCUGGGACCUGCCACUAUGGGGGACAUGAAGACCCCUGAUUUUGACGACCUUCUUGCUGCCUUCGACAUUCCCGACAUUGAUGCGAAUGAAGCCAUCCACUCUGGGCCAGAAGAGAAUGAGGGGCCAGGAGGCCCGGGGAAGCCAGAACCCAACGUAGGGGGUGAAUCUGGAGAUGCAACAGCAGCAACUGUUGGAGAUGGCCCUGGGGCUCCAGCCCAGGCCUCUGACCACGGCCUGCCACCACCAGACAUCUCGGCAGUCAGCGUCAUUGUCAAGAACACUGUGUGUCCUGAGCAGCCUGAGAGCCCGGCUGGGGGUUCAGGAGGGGAAGGGGCCCGGGCUGGGGGAGUGACUAAGGAAGAGCCUGUGGGGCCCCGUCUGAUGCAAAAUGGUUUUGGGAGCCCUGAGCCAUCCCUCCCAGGAACCCCACACUCUCCAGCUCCUCCCAGUGGUGGCUCCUGGAAAGAAAAGACCAUGGAAGGCAAAGCACCCUUGGACCUCUUUGCUCAUUUUGGGCCUGAGCCAGGGGAGGACCCUGAUCCGCUGCCUCCCUCUGCAUCCUCCCCACCUCAUGAAGGGGCCAUGACCCCACCUCCUUUCCCCUCACCCUUUGAGCUGGCUCAGGAGAAUGGCCCAGCUCUGUCGCCACCUGGGUCUUCCCCACCGCUGGGGGCCUUGAAGCAGGAAAGCUGCAGCCCCCUUUGUCCUCAGGGCCUUGCUCUUGGAGGCUCAGGCUCCAGCCCUGAGGCCACAGACAUGCCUGCCAGCGCCUCGCCUCCCCAUGUUGCUGGGGUGCCCUUCUUCAAGCAGUCUCCUGGGCACCAGAGCCCUCUUGCCUCCCCUAAAGUGCCCAGCUGUCAGCCUAUAAAGGAAGAGGAGGAGGACGAAGAGGGCCCAGUGGACAAGUCUCCCCCAGGAAGCCCCCAGAGUCCCUCUAGUGGAGCUGAGGCUGCAGAUGAGGACAGCAAUGACUCCCCCGCCUCCUCCAGCUCCUCUAGGCCGCUCAAGGUGCGGAUCAAGACCAUUAAAACGUCUUGUGGGAAUAUCACGAGGACUGUAACCCGGGUCCCCUCAGACCCUGAUCCUCCUGCGCCCCCGGCUGAGGGGGCCUUCCUGGCUGAGGCUAGCCUUCUAAAGCUGUCACCUGCACCCCCAACUCCUGAGGGCCCAAAGGUAGUGAGCGUCCAGUUGGGUGAUGGCACGAGGCUAAAGGGCACCGUGCUGCCUGUGGCCACCAUCCAGAACGCCAGUACAGCCAUGCUGAUGGCAGCCAGUGUGGCCCGCAAAGCUGUGGUUCUGCCAGGGGGGACUGCCACCAGCCCUAAGACAAUGGCUAAGAAUGUGCUAGGCCUGGUGCCCCAAGCCUUGCCCAAAGCUGAGGGGCGGGCUGGGCUGGGGACGGGGGGGCAGAAGGUGAACGGGGCUUCGGUGGUGAUGGUGCAGCCUUCAAAGCCGGCCACUGGGCCAGGGGCAGGGGGUGGCACAGUGAUCUCACGGACCCAGUCCAGCCUGGUGGAGGCCUUCAACAAGAUCCUCAACAGCAAGAACCUACUGCCUGCCUACAGGCCGAACCUGAGUCCUCCCGCUGAGGCGGGCCUGGCCCUGCCUCCCUUGGGCUACCGCUGUCUUGAGUGUGGGGAUGCCUUCUCCCUGGAGAAGAGCCUGGCCCGGCACUAUGACCGCCGGAGCAUGCGCAUUGAGGUCACCUGCAACCACUGUGCCCGCCGCCUGGUUUUCUUCAACAAGUGCAGCCUGCUGUUGCACGCGCGCGAGCACAAGGAUAAGGGGCUCGUUAUGCAGUGCUCGCAUCUGGUCAUGAGGCCUGUCGCCCUUGACCAGAUGGUGGGGCAGCCGGACAUCACACCCCUGCUUCCUGUGGCUGUCCCACCUGUCCCUGGACCUCCAGCCCUGCCUGCCUUGGGCAAGGGUGAGGGAGCUGUCACCUCCUCUGCCAUUGCUACGGUUGCUGCCGAAGCCCCUGUGCUACCGCUCUCGGCCGAGCCGCCUGCUGCCCCCGCCUCCUCUGCUUACACGUGCUUCCGCUGUCUGGAGUGCAAGGAGCAGUGUCGGGACAAGGCUGGCAUGGCUGCCCACUUCCAGCAGCUCGGACCCCCUGCCCCUGGGGCCACCAGCAAUGUGUGCCCGACCUGCCCCAUGAUGCUCCCCAAUCGCUGCAGCUUCAGUGCCCACCAGCGCAUGCAUAAGAACCGGCCCCCCCACGUCUGUCCUGAGUGUGGGGGCAACUUCCUGCAAGCCAAUUUUCAGACCCAUCUCCGAGAGGCCUGUCUGCAUUUCUCUCGCAGAGUAGGAUACAGGUGCCCCAGCUGUUCAGUGGUAUUUGGGGGUGUGAACUCCAUUAAGUCCCACAUCCAGACGUCACACUGCGAGGUUUUCCACAAGUGCCCCAUCUGCCCCAUGGCCUUCAAGUCUGCACCCAGCGCCCAUGCCCACCUCUACACCCAGCAUCCUAGCUUCCACACGCAGCAGGCCAAGCUGAUCUACAAGUGUGCCAUGUGUGACACCGUCUUCACUCACAAGCCCCUUCUCUCCUCACACUUCGACCAGCACUUGCUGCCCCAGCGCGUCAGUGUCUUUAAGUGCCCAUCUUGUCCUUUGCUCUUUGCCCAAAAGAAGACCAUGCUGGAACAUCUCAAGAACACCCAUCAGUCUGGACGCUUGGGGGAGGAGACUGCUGGGAAAGGGGCCGGGGGUACCUUUCUGAGCCCUAAGACUGAGCCUGAGGAGCUGGCUGUAUCUCGGGGAGGGGCAGCCCCUGCUACUGAGGAAUCAUCGUCAUCUUCAGAAGAAGAGGAGCUCCCCAGCUCCCCAGAGCCCCCCCGCCCAACCAAGCGGCCCCGGCGGGAACUCGGGAGCAAAGGCAUCAAGGGUGGGGGCGGGGGGCCUGGAGGCUGGACCUGUGGUCUUUGUCACUCCUGGUUCCCUGAGCGUGACGAGUAUGUGGCUCAUAUGAAGAAGGAGCACGGCAAGUCAGUGAAGAAGUUUCCCUGUCGCCUGUGUGAACGCUCCUUCUGCUCCGCCCCCAGCCUGAGGCGCCACGUCAGGGUCAAUCAUGAGGGUAUCAAGCGAGUUUACCCAUGCAGGUAUUGCACAGAGGGAAAGCGCACCUUCAGCAGCCGCCUGAUCCUGGAGAAGCACGUCCAGGUCCGGCACGGCUUGCAGCUUGGGGCUCAGUCCCCUGGGCGGGGGAGUGCCCUGUCACGGGGCCCCGGUGCCAGAGCCCAGGGCCCAGGACGGAAACGCCGCCAGUCUUCUGAUUCUUGCAGCGAGGAGCCUGACAGCACGACACCGCCGGCCAAGUCCCCCAGAGGCGGACCCAGGUCCGGAGGCCACGGCCCCCUGCGCUAUCGGAGCAGUGGCUCAGCAGAGCAGAGCCUCAUGGCGGGGUUGAGGGUGGACGGCGGUACCCAGCAGUGCCUCGACUGCGGCCUGUGCUUUGCCUCCCCUGGCUCCUUAAGCCGGCACCGUUUCAUCAGCCAUAAGAAGAGGCGGGGUGUGGGUAAUGCCAGUGCCCUGGGGCUGGGGGAGGGGGAGGAAGAGGCCCCCCAUCCAAAGUCCGACCCAGAAGGUGGAGAUUCACCUUUGCCUACUUCUGGGGGCCCACUGACCUGUAAGGUCUGUGGCAAGAGCUGUGACAGCCCUCUCAACCUUAAGACCCAUUUCCGUACGCAUGGCAUGGCCUUCAUCAGGGCUCGGCAGGGGGGCAGUGGGGACAACUAGGCCCCAGCUGGGGACUGGCCAACCCCCACCCUCCCGCCUCACUCCUCCCAGGAACCUGGGUUUCACUGCUGCUGCCUGGUCCCUGGGCUGGGGAGUUUUGUUACGAUUCACAUUCUGUUCAACUUCUCCCUCCCCUCCAAGGGUAAAAAAAGGCUUUUGAGGGUUAUAAUUCUUGGCGGGCCCCCUCCCCCCUUUGGGUUUGGCACUUGGGUCCUAGUAGAGUGGGCCCUCCAUUCCUUCUUUUUGAGCCCAACACUAAUCCCCCUCUGCUGCAGACCCAUAUGGGACUGGGGUGGGAGGAAGGGACUUUCUUACCCUGCUAGACAGGAACAGGGAAGGACCAAUGCUGGGGAGCAUCCUGGACACACUCCUUAACUUCUUCAGGCACAGGCAGGGACUGUCCUCUGGCCUGGCCCCACCCCAGACUCCCUGGGCGCUCGAGCCCCCACCCCUGCAGUGCCUUUCACUUGUAUUUUUCCCCAGGAAUCCACAGGGGGGGUGGCGGGAAUGAGUCCUGUUGAGGAGGGCCCAGGGAGAGGAGGGGCACACUCUCAGGAAUCCUUUAUUCUUGUAGUAAUAAUAAUACUAACAGUGGGGGAAACGGGAGGGAGAAAACCAGACCAUUAAAACUGCUCGUGGUUUAAUCCCCAUUCAGGCUCUUCUUUUUAUAUGACCUGGACAAUGUGGACUUGACAGGCAGGGGGUGGUUAGGGCCAAGAUUGGUGGGGGGGUGGGGGGCAGGAAAAGCAGUCUUUCUCCACCUCUGUUUUUGCCUUUUGUGUCUUGGACACUGAGGCAUCUGUUCACUCCCCCCCGCCCCCCCAAAUAACUCCAGUGACACAGAUGGCUAA